AUUUACUACUGCAGUGUACAAUAGGGUAUAUGAUUCGACUCCAUUCGGUAACAGAAUGGCGCAAGACAAUCUAUCCCACGGAUAAAUAGAGGAUAUGUAUAUUAAUGUAUGUACAUAAAUUUUGCUUGAUACCUGGGGCAUCCAAUACCGGACACGGAAAGACAAGGUCAAGGACAUGAGUUCAUCGCCGAUAGUGAUGAUCGGCAUGUAUGUCAGCUAUGAGGUCAUUGCUUUCUCUGCCACACUCAACUUCAGCCCCCCAAAAGAGGGAAAGAAAGGAAGGAGAAGAAAAAGAAAAAAAAAUCAAAAAUACUUCAUGAUCUGCUCGGGAUUCUACGAUCAAUGUAUGCCGGUGCUACCUUACGUACGAGUAGUAGUAGUACAGAUGGAUGCGGACUUGCCGGUCGGAAGCUGCGCAUGCAGCCAGAAAAGGCAAUGGUCAAAUGUCGGUUGUGAGAAUGAAACAAAUACACACUGGCUGAUGUGGAAUGCCACUAAUCAAUUCCAGUGUUAGUUAAGACCCUUUGCAUUGAAGGGAUCAUGUCGAAAAACAGGGAAAUGAGGUUGCGGUUCUCGGGGGAUAGAUCCUAAAAAAGCAUGCCACCGAAUGAAAUGCAAAAAAUGAAAUAUCCCAGAAAUGAGAAGGAAUCCAGGGGAGGAGAAGGGGAAAAAUAUCCUUCAGUCCUUGACUGUUACGUCAAUGAAUGAGGAGCGAAGUUAAUCGGCAGUGACAAAAAAUUGGAAUGAGCUCGCCCGUUAGAUAUCCCCCAAUCAUGUGUUCCGGAUCUCGGUUCAGAAUUAGAUCGACCUUCCAUAGUAAAUCCACAACGUGCAUGAUAGUCCAGAUUCGAUUAAUUUACUAAAUUAAAUGAAUGAAUGAAUUAAUCAAUCAAUCAAUCAAUCUAGAGAGAGGAGAUGAAGAGGAUGACGACUAAUUAUGAGCGUC